AUGCCAACAACCACAAGCCCGAUCAAGACGGUCGGGGUAAUCGGCACGGGCGUCAUCGGCGCCAGCUGGAUCGCGCUGUUCCUGUCGCGGGGCCUCUUCGUCAUCGUCUCGGACCCAGCACCGGGCGCAAAAGCGCGGCUGGACGCGUUCCUGCAGAAGCACUGGAGCGCGGUGGAGGCGCAAGGGCUAGCCGGCUCCGCGGCGCCCAGCUCGUACGAGUUCGUCGACGACGUGGCCGACCACUUGGACAAGGUCGACUUUGUGCAGGAGAACGGCCCCGAAAACGUCGCCAUCAAGCGCGCCAUCUUCGCCAAGCUGGACGCGCGCGCGCGCGCCGACAUCGUCAUCGCGUCGUCGUCGUCUGGAAUCCCGUCAUCGCAGUUCAUCACCGACUGCACGCACAUGCCGUCACGGGUGUUGAUCGGCCACCCCUUCAACCCGCCGCACCUGAUCCCAUUGGUAGAAGUCGUGCCGCACGCGUCAACCUCCCCCGCCGCCGUAGAGCGGGCCAUGGACUUCUACCGCUCGCUCGGCAAGCGGCCCAUCCACGUGCGCGCCGAGACGCCCGGCUUCGUCGCGAACCGGCUGCAGGUGGCCGUGUGCUCCGAGGCGUACAGCCUCGUGCAGCGAGGCGUGGUUUCGCCGGCCGAUUUGGACGCGGCCAUGACGACGGGCUUGGGCCUGCGCUGGGCGCUGACAGGGCCGUUGAUGACGAAUGCGCUGGGCGGCGGGGGCGGCAUGGACGGCUUCCGCCAUUUGCUCGAGCAUAUUGGCCCGGGGAUGGCGGCGUGGGAGGCUGACAUGCGCGAGCACCAGUUCGGCUGGAGCAAGGAGGAUUUGGGAGCCGUGAGUGGGGAGGUCGGGAAGUGGAUGGAGAAGCUGGAUGCCGAUGAGGUGCAAAAGGAGCGCGACGAGGUGUUGUUGGCGCUGUUGAAGCUGAAGAAGAAGGCGGCUUCGUUGGUCUAA